AUGGCAGCUCCCAAGAUCGUUGUCUUGGGUAGCCUCAAUGGCGACCUCGCCCCGGCCUUUACGAAACUGGCUACGCUGCAUGCGAAGAACAAUUUCUCCAUGGCCAUCCUCGUCGGCGACGUCUUCGCACCGGCCACCGAUGAUGGCGUCAUCGCUUCGCUCAUGGAUGGGACUCUCGAGGUCCCCCUCCCAACCUACUUCACCGUCGGCACACAUCCCCUGCCGGCCCAAAUCGCCGCCAAGGUCGAGGCCGACGAAGAGAUUUGCCCGAACCUCCACUUCCUGGGCAAACGCAGCAUCACCAAGACGUCCGACGGCCUCAGAAUCGUCUCCCUCGGCGGGCUCCUCGACGCCAACCUCGUGGGCGGCCAGUCGAAGGAGCAGCACCUCCCCUUCCACAGCGAUGACGACGCAAAGGCACUCAAGGGCGCCAACAGCGCCGACAUUCUCUUGACGUCCAUGUGGCCCGCCGAAGUUUUCCACGGCUCCAAGGUCCAGCUCGAAGCCGCUCAACGCGCGGCGAUCCAGAGCAGCCAGUCAAUCGCAGAGCUGUGCGCCGCACUCAAGCCUCGCUAUCACCUAUCGGCCUCCCCAACGCCCUUCUUUUACGAGAGGGAGGCCUUUGUUCAUCCAGUGACGGGAGAUGGCGAGGUCGCUUCCUUCACCCGCUUCAUCUCCUUGGCACCGUACGGGAAUGACGCCAAGGCAAAGGCCAUGUACGCCUUCGGUCUGAACACGUCGGACGUCUCACUGCCUGCCGGCGUCACGGCCUCCCCCUUUGCUCCGCAGAGGAAGCGUGGCCGAAACGACGACGCCGCCUACAGUCGCUUCGGCCACCAACACGACGCUCAGCACGGCCGGCGAGGCAAGCGACGACGCCAAUCUCCGCCGCCGGGGCCCGACCGCUGCUACUUUUGCCUGUCCAACCCCAAUAUCUCGUCACACAUGUGCUGCAGCAUCGGCGACGACGCAUACAUAACCACGGCCAAGGGGCCCCUGCCCACGCCCACCACGUUCGCCGCCGAGGGUCUCGAGUUUCCCGGCCACUUCAUCAUCAUCCCGCUCGGCCACGCGGCCACCAUUCCUUCCAUGGGCGAUACCUCGGACCCCAACGGCGACGCCGUCAAGACGUACAAGGAAAUGACCCGUUUCCGCGACUCUCUCCAAGCCAUGAUCUCGACCAAGUCUUCACACAAGCUCGGCGCCGUCACCUGGGAGAUCAGCCGCGAUCGCAACGUCCACGUCAUCUGGCAGUUCAUCGCCAUCCCCGCUCCCCUGAUCCACAAUGGCGUCGCCGAAGCCGCGUUUCGUGUCGAGGCCGAAAACCAGCAAUACCCGCCCUUCCAGGCCAAAGACCUCGCCCUUGGCGACCAGGCCGCCUACGGCGACUUCUUCCGCGUAUGGCUCUGGGCCGACAAUGGCGAGGACAAGAUUAAGGGCAAGUCCCUGGUCAUGCCGCUGCCCUCGGACCUUCGCUUCGACCUGCAGUUUGGCCGGCGCGUCCUGGCGAAGCUCAUUGGUCUGGAGAAGCGCUUCGUCUGGCAAGACUGCGCCCAAGCGGAGGAGGAAGAGACCAAAGACGUCGAGGCCUUUCGCGAGGCCUUUAAGCCUUGGGACUUUACCCUGGCCUAG